AUGACGCACAUCAACUGCAACAACGAGAAGGAGAAGCCAGAACUGAACUUGAUGACGAUGGGCGCCCUACCGCCUGAAAUUCUUAUCGACAUCCUUUCAAGACUGCCCAUAAAUUCGAUUUGUUGCAUGAGAUGUGUAUCUAAGGCCUUGUUAAAGAUGGUUGACGACCUCUCUUCUGCCGCUCUGGACAUGCGGCGUCGUUUUCUAACUACGUGUUCAACUCCUCAACUUGUUGUUCUUAAUGAGUCUUCCUAUGAUGAAUAUGACAUGUUGUAUCCAUUGAAGUACGACGGCCACAACUUAUUGACAAAGAGCAAGGACGCAAUUGUUUCUUAUUUCGGAUCCAAACGGCGUUUUUAUUCGUCUGCUUUUGUUUUCUGCAACUUGUUUGGCUAUACUGGUCUUAAUCCGGAGCGUGGAAGGUCGCCCUUCUGCCCGAAUCCUUUCCCUGAUCUUUAUUUGGAGCAAGGAAGGUCAUGCUUGUUGGUCAAUCCUUUCAAGGGAGAAGUUCUAAUGCUCCCAUCAGCAAGUGACGUCCAAGUUCCAGCCAAUUCUCUCUGCACUGCUGAUUGGUACGGCAUGGGAUUUGAUAAUAAAACCAACAGCUUCAAGAUUGUACGUGUUUCCACCAAUAAAAAAGACUACUUGGCGGCCGAAGUUCUUGUAUUGGGGAAAAGCUCAUGGAGGGAGUUGCCCACGAUUCCUCCUUGCUUUCCAACCUCCAAGUGCCUGUAUGCACAUGGAGACAUGCAUUGGUUGGUCUGUGGAGAUGAAGUGUCUUCUGCACGUAUGCUUUCUUUCGACUUUAAGAAAGAAGAGUUCUAUUUGACUUCUCUUCCCACCCCCUUCGGGAAAGAGCCAAAUCUUUGGAAAUGUCUUCACUUGAUUAAUUUUAGGGGAUCUAUGGCCCUGGUGUAUGUUUCUUCACCAGAAAAUGGAAAAGUGAAGAUACGGGGAUACAGAAAAUGUGUUGAGGUAUGGGUAUUGAAAAAUUACGAUAACAAAGAGUGGGGGCUAAAAUACAAAAUAGAUUCGACACAAUAUCUUUUUAUAUCUUGGGAGCCUACUAGUUUUUCUAAGUGCGGCGAAUGGGAGCACGGCAUAUAUUUGAACCAGGAGAGUUCUCUUAAUAACUGUAUAUUCUUUGUGCAUCUAGGAGAUGGUUCCAUGAAGUGCGUGCUACUCAAGGGUCAAUUGAUAGUCCAUAAUUGUACCGGCAGCAUGAUUUCUCUAAAUAAUUGUGGAGAUUUGGUUGAAGCUGAAGAAGAACAAGGUAUUACUGAAUUUCCCAUGUCUCGUGAAACUUGGAGAAAUCUUAUUAACGCUGCAGAAGUAAGUGGAAGAGAUUUGUGUUACUUGAAAACACAAAUGAAGUCCGCAUCUAUUUCUUGGGAUCGCAAUGAUAUUUAUUUUUAA